CCUUAACAUCCGGGCAUCGCCUCAGUCUUGUUCUCUCCCACCCUCCCCACGUGCCAACAGGAAGCGGAAGUGAAGAAUGGUAUAUACGUAUCCCAGCUGCCACUUAGCAACGCGAGGAGGUUAGGUGACACAACCAGCUGACUCCCAUAGAGGAAGACCCUGUGGCUGAAACUCUUUCAGCCACGGUUGCCCGGCCGGGGAUUCGAGCCUUACUAUCAUCGUCAGAAUGUCGGGCAAAGACCGAAUUGAAAUCUUUCCCUCGCGCAUGGCACAGACCAUCAUGAAGGCUCGAUUAAAAGGAGCACAGACAGGUCGAAACCUACUGAAGAAAAAAUCUGAUGCCUUAACUCUUCGAUUUCGACAGAUCCUAAAGAAGAUAAUAGAGACUAAAAUGUUGAUGGGUGAAGUGAUGAGAGAAGCUGCCUUCUCACUUGCUGAGGCCAAGUUCACAGCAGGGGACUUCAGUACCACAGUUAUCCAGAAUGUUAAUAAAGCCCAAGUGAAGAUCCGAGCUAAGAAAGAUAACGUAGCAGGUGUUACUUUGCCAGUAUUUGAACAUUACCAUGAAGGAACUGAUAGUUAUGAGCUGACUGGUUUAGCCAGAGGUGGGGAACAGUUGGCUAAAUUAAAGAGGAAUUAUGCCAAAGCAGUAGAAUUACUGGUGGAACUAGCUUCGCUGCAGACUUCCUUUGUUACUUUGGAUGAAGCCAUUAAGAUCACCAACAGGCGGGUAAAUGCCAUUGAACAUGUCAUCAUUCCCCGGAUUGAACGUACCCUUGCUUAUAUCAUCACAGAGCUGGAUGAGAGAGAGCGAGAAGAGUUCUAUAGGUUAAAGAAAAUACAGGAGAAGAAAAAGAUUCUCAAGGAAAAAUCGGAGAAAGACUUGGAGCAACGGAGGGCAGCUGGCGAGGUGAUGGAGCCUGCUAAUCUUUUGGCCGAAGAGAAGGAUGAGGAUCUUCUGUUUGAAUAAUCUUUCCUGCUCUGGUUCUUUCAUAAGCCCUAACAUGGCACCAUCCUAAAUCACGAUGUGUAGGUUUGGUAUGUGUGGCUAUUUAUUUUUUGGCCCAAGAAUUCACUGGUGGCUAAAUUUUCCUGGAUGUUGGUUUUGGGGCUACCUUUGCAAAAUCCUAAUCACCAACCAUUUAUCACUUGAGAUUUGUAGACCCUGCCCAGGAACCUGUAGAAUUUAUUCGGCAGAAGCAGUACCCUGUUCCAUGUACAUCUGUUCAAGUGAUCUGCUUACCAAGCAUAUUAGGAAAUUCCCCUUAGGAAAUAGUGGCCUCGGGCCAGCUGUUGCUGUAGCAGCCCGCUUCCUUCCUGCUCCGACACUGUGGCGCUGUUGUCUGAGAGUGCUGCCGCCGUCCUGUGUAACCCUGGUACUUCCUCUCAAGCUUUAUGAAACCUUCACUAUUUUUCCUUGCAUGACAGGUCUCUGUCCUGUCAUGGGAGUUCUGCCAAUUUUAAUGUGAUUAUGGUAUAAACAGUAAAAUGAUAUAAAAAUGAAUUGUUCUUUUUUUUUUUUUU